GUAAUGGCUCAGUGGCCACAAGGAAGUUCCUCUUUGGGUUGUAGGUGUGUAGGUGAGGGUGAGAAUCUCACCUGCAGCGAAAAAAAUCUAAGAUUGUGUCAUAUCCUUUCGCUUGUCUCUUCAGAAUUGUUAAGACAGUUAUAGUGUGGGUUUUGUGCUAGCAGUAGAAUGGAUGGUGGUUGGGUUGGGGGCAGAUUGUUAUACUGAUAAUAGUCCCCAGUAGAGGCUAGACGAAGGGGAGAUGAUAUUGAUCGGUGAGGUGCUCACCGCUCACUCACGGCGUCGUUUAGUUGAUUCUGUUUGUCCGCUAAGUUCUUCCUUUCCUGCAAGCAACGUAUCGCCCGCGGUGGAGGUUUGGUUGCUGCUGUUGCUGCGGUGGAGGUCUUGAUUCUUGAAUGGAAUGCUGUCUCAUCUCUUCCCUCCCUGACUCCUCUGUCGACUCAAAAACUGAUCGAUUCCCCAAAAAAAAAACAACAAACAACAAAAUCUCAGCUUUUCUUAGCUCCAACAUCACACGCACUGCCUCUCUCUCUCUUCCCCCCCCAGCAGCUAAACAUUUCUGGGAUUUCAGACACAUUAAUAAUAGAAACUCCAUCCUCUAUAUAUAUAUAUAUAUAUAUUCCCCACCCAAAUUGUUUCCACAAAUCUCCAUAGAAGCUUUUAUUUGUUGCAGCGCCCAUUUCAUUUCAUGCGGCUUUCUGAUUCAUCCCCGGGAUCUGCCAAACUCAAUAUAAAUUCAUAACCUUAUCCUCUGCCAUUUCUGAUUUGUAAUCUCUUCUUCCCUACUCAAGCCUACACCCCCACACACUUGUAUCUCACCAUUCUCUCUCUCUCUCUCUCUCUCUCACUAUGUAUAUUAUAUACUGAAAAGAAGAAGAAGAAGAAGAAGAAAUACUAGUAGCUGUACAGCUACUAAUCAUUUUAAAACCAUAAAAGAAAAAAAAAUUAUGGUGAGCGACGCCAACACCAACGUCUUGAAGCGAUUCAGAAUCGGAUUGCUUCCUUGGUUCCGUAAAAAGCUACUCGAUCCUCUCCUCCAUAUUCUCCGCAUGGGAGCAGAGCCUAAGCAAUUGGCCUUCUCGGCCGCACUAGGCAUUACCCUUGGUGUCUUUCCCAUCUGCGGAGUCACUUUUUUCCUUUGUGGAUUGGCUAUCGCAUUACUCAGAUCCUCAUGUCAUGCGCCAACUGUAAUGCUGGCUAAUUUUGUUGCUACUCCAAUCGAGCUGAGUCUGAUAAUUUUUUUCUUGCGCUUUGGUGAAUUCAUCACUGGAGGACCUCACUUUCCUCUAACUUCUGAUGCAUUGAAGAAGGUCUUGACUGGUCAAGCUUCAAGAGAAAUCUUGCGGGGCAUCUUCAAUGCGCUGUUAGGCUGGCUUGUGGCCGCGCCCUUCAUCUUGGGGACCCUCUAUGUAUUGUUCUUGCCAUGCUUUGCCUUCUUGGUGCGCAAAUUCAGCGGUGUUCCUACCAGCCCGAAGCUACCGCUCCAUUCCAAUACAGAAGCCAGGCUUAAGGUAAGGGAUGUAUGACGGUAUCAAGGCAGAAGAUAAAGUUGCUGACUGCAAGGAGUGAUGCAUCGGCAACUCCAGUCACGGUGUUGUACAUACAACUAGGAAUUUAACCUCUUUGUGCACUAGUAUUACUGAUUGUAGCUGUUAAAUUAUGUAUUUUGUUAAAAAAGCAUUUGUGCAGGACCUGCAGGUAAACACACUGUUUACUUUUUCAAGGAAAAAAAACGCACACACACACAGUUUACUGAUGAUGAUUUUACUUGUUGCAAUCCUGACAGUAGUAUUGGAAGAUGUGAGAAACAUCAAUUGUGUUUGGAUUGAGAAGAUUUGAAAUAAAAUAAUUUAUUGCAUAAAUUUUAA